AUGGAUUCAUCUACUGAAUCGUUUCAUCAUCAUAAAAAGACUUUGCAUUCGAAGCGUUCGUUUGCAAAGCAUCAUUCAACAGAUUCUCCUACUUAUGACGCGCAAGUACUACUUUUUUCCAUUUCUUUGUCAGAAGAAGAUAAUGACCCUCUCAGUACUGAUGACGGAGGCUCUUCCCUAUCCAUCCCAACCCUCUCUCGUUCAGCUAAAACUCCCUUCCAAUCAAAGACAACAUCUCGUGCUCGUCAUCAGCUGGCCUCCAGCAUGCUCUCAGAUGAUGGCACUGAUUCCCAAACAUAUGAUGGUGAUGUGGAAAGCAGCGUCACUGCAGCAGCCGGUUCGCAUCCUUUCAACAAGGCACUACAUUCUACUCUUCAGUAUUCUUCAUCUGCAUCAACAUUAACCUCUCAAAUCGAUGAUGUGCUACCGUCGUCGAAAUCUAUAACACUUGCACCCGAUGAACCCAUGCCUACCGCCGAAGCAACAUCUACGUUUAACCCUGCUUCCCUUACUCCCGAACAUAUUCAAGCCUUCAUACGCGAGGCAAUUGAGGGUCAACCCUCUAGAUCUUACAAGAUUAACCAACCACCAUCAAAUCGGCCUGUUAGAGUUUUCGCAGAUGGAGUAUACGAUCUAUUUCACUUCGGUCAUGCCCUGCAAUUACGGCAAGCCAAGCUGUCCUUUCCAUCGGUACAUCUACUCGUUGGUGUUAAUUCUGAUGAAGACGUCAUCACGCGUAAAGCACCUUGUGUGAUGACACAUGCUGAGCGAUGUGAGGCUGUGCGACACUGUCGCUGGGUUGAUGAGGUCAUCCCUGGCUGCCCAUGGGUUCUGGACCAAGCUUUCAUUGAUAAGUGGAAUAUCGACUACGUUGCUCACGACGAACUCCCUUACGUGUCGGACGGUCAUGAUGACGUCUAUGCAUUUGUAAAGGCACUAGGUAAAUUCAUUCCUACCCGGCGUACACCGGGUGUGUCUACUUCAGAACUACUCGAACGUAUCGUGUCAGGAUAUCGGAAGCGCAAUUUUGACGGGAAAUUAGAAAAGAUAGGCCAUGCUGAACUCAAAGCUGAGGGGUCAAACUUUGAUGACAAGCGCUAG